AUGACUACUGAACAAUCUUUUAUGAGCUAUCCCUCAUGGAGACUCUUCAUCAAUAAGAAGGAAGACGUACUACAAACCAACCAUAAUAGCUCGACUCUACCAUUUUCGGGUGACUUGAUAGACGAUGAAAGGGGUCAAUAUAUUCCAUUUGGCUUCACUGCUGUGCAACUUGACAGGCUUUUCACACUCAAAUCUAUAAUCAAAGCAAACGCUGUACUACAGCCCGCCCUCGAAAGUCCGCCCCAAACCUAUUCCAGUGGCAGGGUGGAGUACAGAGUGAAAGCGUUAGUUGGUUCAGACAGACAUCAAAUCGAUGCCUUACCCGAUACCGGCGCGAAACGUAACUUCGUUUCUCAACAGCUCGUCGGGAAGCUUGGACUUAUUCCCAAAGUCAGUACGAAGGAAGAAUUCCGGCUACCCACGGGAGCAACAAUCAAGUCUUGCGGCACAGUAGAUGUUCCUUUCAUUUUCCUGGGGGAAUCGGAGCAACACAUGCUUGACUGCUGUAUUCUCUCUAAAUGCAGGCAAGACCUCAUUUUGUGCCAGGCCUUCCUUAAGGCUACAGGUACUUUGACAAAAUUCACACACCAUAUCACAAAAUCAUUAAGAAAGUUUGCCACUCGACUGAGGUUCAAUCUUAUAGGGAACGAUACAUGCUGUCUGAAGGGAAGCCUUGAUGACAUACCUUCAGUUGCUCUAGCCGACACAGGCUGCGACGCAAUGCUGGUAUCAACAGACUUUGCUAAGCGACACUCCCUGGAGAUUGAUCGGAGUAUGAAACACAGACGUACCAUUGAAUAUGCCGACAGGUCACUCGAUACAACUUCUGGUAUUGUCCACAGGGCUACUUGGCAGUUUCGCAGUUCAUGGGACAAGAUCCCCUGUACCCUUUAUGUGCUCGAUGAUCUCAAAGCAGAUAUCGUAUUGAGUAGUCAUUUCAUUUUUGAGCACGACGUGUUUUCGCAAUUUGAGGAGGAUAUAGUUGGUACAAGUCUUGUGCCUGGACGAGACUUUGGAGACAUUUACAACAUUCGACUCAUCAGCCACUACAGCUCCGCGCUGCAGAACCUUGAGGCUUCUUCCAUCGCCGACAUGAGCUCCCCGAAUUCUUUCAGCCCGAAGGGGAUAAAGGCUGAGCGCGUUCGACGUGAUCUGAUUCGGGACGCGAUCAAUGAUCUUCCGCCAGAACAGCAGGACCAGGCUCGCAUUGACGAGAGAAACAGGCAAGAAAUCUGGGACGGCUACCGGAAGAGACAUCUCGAAAGGCAAGGUGGGAACACAGAUUCCACUCAGCGGUCUCUGAUGAACAGUACGACCAGGCCGACCCUGAAGCUCUGGGUCGGAGCCCGCAUGGCACAAGAACUCUUCUGCGUUGUCGAAAACAACGAUUUUGACAUAGACAUAGAUAACGAUGCAAAUUCGAUCCAUCAUGGCCAAUGCCCUGUGCCUCCAGUUCUUGACCAUCAGUUGGACGUGCUCAUGAUCCAGGAGAAGAUUCGCACCAAAGAUUGGACUAUGCCCGAAAUAAAAAAUAUUCUAAAGGGUGGCAAUAGCCGUAGCAAGUGCUUUAAAGUUUACCUAACCGUUGUUAUGCUCCUUGAUAAUCCUCAGUAUGUAUACAAGUAA